AUGGGUAAUCUAAUCGAAUUCAAAACUUGGGCAAGACAUCAGAAGUUAUUUCAUGAAGUUACAAGUGGUGGAAUAUCAUUCUGGCUCAAAUCACAUGGAAGUGUUGUAGUAGGCUUGGCAACGAAACCGAAUAAAGAGUGUGCUUAUGAGCUCACAAUAGAACCAUACAAGUGUUCUGUGAAGACUAGGCGAGCAGUCUGUUCUACAACUGAUGUUUCUAAUAUUUUGUCUAGAAAUGAAUUUAAAAAACUUUGGAUUUUAUGGAAACAUAACACCAUUGUCUUUGGAUCUGGAUGUACUGAAAUUCUUAGAUGGCAAUAUGCUGUGAAAAAUCUCAUCAAAUAUGUUACAUUCUUUAGUGACAGAGAUUCAGGGAUGGCAGAGUGGAAGUGUUAUUUGCCUCCGGUUGCUACAAUAGAAAACCUUCCAUUGAGAAGGUUACAAGGUGGUGCACCUCGCUGGGUUCAGGUUGAUGACAACACUGAGCUCCCAGACGGAGCCCUGAUCGGAGGCUAUGAGAAUGAGUUCCUUUACAUCAUGAGAGCACCAUUCAGAUGUUCAUUGACUCCAGGGAAAUUUGUGCCAAGUUUAGAACUUGGAUUUAUUACAUGGGGGUUUGACACCUAUGAGUGUGACACAGUAGAGAUAUUAUGUGGCUACAACUGUACCUGGGUCCCGAGCAAAAACAAUGAAGUGCCAACGGGUGCAGUGGAAGGAGGCUUUGAGGUUGACAAUGAGAUGCUGUAUGUGGGCCGAGUGCACUACAAGGGGCACCUUAUUGUGGGGAAGGUGCAGCCUUCACACAAGUGCUGCUACUUCGUCUAUGAAGACAUGGCAAAUUCGAACAGGAUCUUUGAAGUUUUAGUUGUUCCCAAUUCAAAUGUGAUGGUAUCUGCUUUUGCCAAUAAUAGUGAUGAAAAUGAUGAAGAAAAUGGAGAAGUAUUAGAAGAUAAUGGUCCAGAGUGG